AUGGCUCCAAAAAAAGGCGAAGCUGGGGAAGUCGUCCUGGCAUUCGAUGCAUACGGUACUCUGCUCUCGACCAAGUCCAUAGCGGACAAGCUCGCCACAUAUGUCGGCAGGGACGAAGCGGGAACAAUAGCUGCGACUUGGCGGAAGUAUCAGCUAGAGUAUACGUGGCGAUUGAAUAGCAUGGAUCAAUAUGAAGACUUUUCCAAAGUGACUCGACGCUCAUUGAAGCACGCUCUCGGCGAAUCUGACGUGGCGUUGGAUGAGCAACAGAUAGAGGAUAUGAUGCAAGCCUAUGACUCCUUGUCCUGCUUCCCAGAUGUAGCCCAGACCCUCCAGGAUCUACAGACAUCUCCUCACCUCCGCGCCGUCAUCUUCUCGAACGGAACACACAGCAUGGUCUCAAGCAGCGUGCGAAACUCCCCCGACCUCUCGCCACACGCCGCGACUUUCGACGAUAUAGUCGUAGUGGAAGAAGUUAGGAAAUUCAAACCUGCUCCUGCGACGUAUCGGCAUCUGGCGAAGACAGUCGGGAAGGAUCCAGAUAGUUUGGAGGACAUGGGGACUCUGUGGCUGGUGUCUGGGAACCCGUUUGAUGUCGUUGGGGCGAGGAAGGUGGGUAUGAAUGCUAUUUGGGUUGAUCGGGAGGAUGGCGGGUGGCGGGACUCGUUGUUUGAGGGGGAGAGGGGAAGGCCGACGGAGGUGGUGGGGGGGUUGGAUCGGGUUGUGGGGACGGUGAUGGGUUAUUAUGGUGGUGUGUUGAAUGAUUAG